CAGGAAAUAAAGUCCACUGGCAGGAGUGCCUCAACCACUGAGCCCUGCUGACUACAAUGCCUGGUUGUUUUCACCAAGCAGAGGAAUAAAAUGCCUUCAAAAAAAGUUACAUUUUAGAAAAAGUAACUAAUUUUUCCUCCAAAAUUUCCUUGUCUGUAGAGGAUUCGUUUGCUGAACACAUCCUUAAAGUGAUCUUUGUAGGUAACAUAAAGGAAGCAUCACGAUGAAGAGGGAAGAAAAGGCCCUCCCUUACACUAAACCCCUGGAUGGAGGAUGGGGAUGGAUGAUUGUGUUUCAUUUUUUCCUGGUAAAUGUGUUUGUGAUGGGAAUGACCAAAACAUUUGCAAUUUUCUUUGUGGUCUUUCAAGAAGAGUUUGAUAGCACUUCAGAGCAAAUUGGUUGGAUUGGAUCCAUCAUGUCAUCACUCCGUUUUUCUGCAGGUCCCCUGGCUGCUAUUAUUUGUGACAUACUUGGAGAAAAAACUACCUCCAUUCUUGGGACUUUCCUUGUUUCUGGUGGCUAUCUGGUCAGCAGUUGGGCCACAAGCGUUCCCUUUCUUUGUGUGACAAUGGGACUGUUACCUGGAUUGGGGUCUGCUUUCUUGUACCAAGUAGCUGCUGUGGUAAUUACCAAAUAUUUCAAAAAAAGACUGGGUCUUUCUACAGCAAUUGCCCGUUCUGGAAUGGGACUGACAUUUCUGUUGGCACCCUUUACAAAAUUCCUGAUAGAUAUUUAUGACUGGACAGGUGCUCUUAUAUUGUUUGGAGCUAUUAUAUUGAAUUUGGUGCCUUCCAGCAUGCUCUUAAGACCCACCCAUACCCAAACAGAGAACAAAGAUAUCAGUUUGUCUGAAACUGGACCAGGGAUAUUGUAUACGACAGAAACACCACACUGCAAUGAGACACAAGAGUCUUCCAUCGAUGGCAGUACUAUGAAGAAAUCUGGACAACCUACUAAAAAUUUAACUGUAUUAGAAAAUCAAAGUGAAGAAUUCAGCAAUGGGCCUCACAGGAACACGCUGUUACUUACAAACAAUGACAAAAGUUACAAGAUAAAGCUUGUUCCGUGGAACUGCAAAGAAAAACUUUUAGAUAUUUUUCUCUUUAGGAAUCCCUUCUUCUACAUAUUUACCUGGUCUUUUCUUCUCAGUCAAUUAGCAUAUUUCAUUCCUACUUUUCACCUAGUAGCCAGAGCCAAAACACUUGGAAUUGACAUAAUGGAUGCCUCCUACCUUGUGUCUGUAGCUGGUAUCACUGAGACAGUCAGUCAGCUCAUUUCUGGAUGGAUUGCUGAUCAAAACUGGAUCAAGAAGUAUCAAUACCACAAGUUUUACCUCAUUCUGUGUGGUAUAACUAACCUGCUUGCUCCUUUAGCCACCACAUUCCCACUCCUUAUGGCCUAUACUAUCUUUUUUGCCAUUUUUGCUGGUGGCUACCUGGCACUAAUACUCCCAGUAUUGGUCGAUCUAUGUAAGAAUUCUAGAGUACACAAGUUUUUGGGAUAUGCCAGUUUCUUUGCUGGGAUGGCUGUCCUUUCUGGACCACCAAUAGCAGGCUGGAUAUAUGAUUAUACACAGACAUACACAGGCUCUUUCUACUUUUCUGGCGCCUGUUAUCUCCUGUCUUCAGUUUCCCUUUUCUUUGUACCACUUGCUGAACGAUGGCAAAGCAAACAGUCUGACCCUCUAAGGACUACAAUCAAGUAAGAGCUUACUUAACAGAAGAAUCUAAACAAGAAUCUGGAAACAAAAGCUUAGGAGAAAAAUCUUUGUAAAAA